GGCCCCGCCGCUGGGCCCCGCGGGGCGGCCGCAUACCCCCCGCGGGCGCGGAGUCGAUCCUUGCCCCGACGAGAGGCGAUGGCGCUGCACCCGCGCAGGGUGCGCCUGAAGCCGUGGCUGGUGGCCCAGGUGGACAGCGGCAUGUACCCGGGCCUCAUCUGGCUGAACCGAGAGGCCAAACGGUUCCAGAUCCCCUGGAAGCAUGCGACCCGGCACAGCCCGCAGCACGAGGAGGAGAACACCAUCUUCAAGGCAUGGGCUGUGGAAACGGGAAAAUACCAGGAAGGAGUGGAUGAGCCAGACCCUGCGAAGUGGAAAGCCCAGCUCCGGUGUGCUCUGAACAAGAGCCGGGAAUUCAACCUGAUGUACGAUGGCACCAAGGAGGUGCCCAUGAAUCCCAUCAAAAUCUAUGAAGUGUGUGAUAUUCCCCAGUCCCAGGGAUCAAUCAUUAAUCCAGGUUCCACUGGCUCAGCUCCGUGGGAUGAAAAGGAUAACGACCUUGAUGAUGAAGAGGAGGAGGAACUGAAUCAAUCUCAGCAUGUCCCCAUUCAAGAGACAUUUCCAUUUCUUAAUAUCAAUGAUUCUUCGAUGGCUCCUGCCAGUGCAGAAAACUGCAGCCCUGAAACUGUUUGGCCAAAGAAUGAACCUCUAGAUAUGGAAAUGCCCCCAACUGCACUGCAGCAUGACUUCUUCAGCAGCCCCGAGCUCUGGAUCAGCUCUCUGCCAAUGACAGACCUAGAAAUCAAGUUUGAGUACCGAGGGAAGGAGACUGGACCAACGACGACCGUAAGCAACCCGCAGGGAUGCAGACUCUUCUAUGGCGAGCUGGGUCCCAUGCCAGACCAGGAGGAGCUCUUUGGGCCUAUUAGUUUGGAGCAAGUGAAGUUUCCAGGCACAGAGCAAAUCACCAAUGAAAAGCAGAAGAUCUUCACAAGUCGUCUGCUGGAUGUUAUGGACAGGGGACUGAUCCUGGAGGUCAGUGGCCAUGCCAUCUACGCUGUCCGGCUCUGCCAGUGCAAGGUGUACUGGUCUGGUCCCUGUGCACCCUCCUCCACCACACCAAAUUUGAUCGAGAGGCAAAAGAAAGUCAAACUCUUCUGCCUGGAAACAUUCCUAAGUGAGCUGAUUGCCCACCAGAAAGGACAAAUUGAGAAACAGCCACCAUAUGAGAUCUACUUCUGUUUUGGAGAAGAGUGGCCUGAUGGAAAACCCAGGGAGAGGAAGCUGAUUGUGGUUCAGGUCAUUCCAGUGGUGGCUCGGAUGAUCUACGAAAUGUUCUCCGGGGACUUUGCGCGCUCCUUCGACAGCGGCAGCGUGCGCCUCCAGAUCUCCACACCUGACAUCAAGGACAACAUCGUGGCUCACCUGAAGCAGCUCUACAGGCUGCUGCAGAACCACCAGGAGGGGUGGCCAAUGCCAGCCCCCCCCAUGCACAUGGCACAGCCGCUGCCAGCGCAGUGACAGACGCUUUGCUUUGCCUGUAUGUACAACAUAAGAAACCAUGGGGCGAGACCACGCCUUAACAAGUGCCUUGCCUUAAACCAGAGUGAAAUCUGUCAGCCUAGUUCUCUGUUUCAGCAGUCCAUGGUGCUUUUAGUGUUGGAGGUGUUUGAAACUGAGGAGAUGACACCUGUAGCUCCUUCACUGGGUUCAGCAGUUUGCUUUUGCAACCAAUCUGUACAAACCAGAUUUGCAGUUCUGUAAUGUUGUUGGGUUUGAUCCACUACUGAUGUAUUGUAUAUAAAUAUUUGAUCAUUAGAGAGGGGGAGGGGGAGGGGACACUACCAAUCUGUGCUCUAUUAAAACUGGCUGGAGAAUAUCACCUUGUCUAAUUUUCUUUGUCCUUUUAACUGCAAGAGGCAAGUGGUUGACACUUUUUUUAUAGCUAUAUAUAUAAGUAAAAGCCUGGUCUGCACCCUCUGAGAAACCACCUGAAUCACUGAAUGGUUGAGGUUGGAAGGGACCUCAAAGCUCAUCCCUCCACCAUAGGUAAGGUCACCUCCCCCCUAGAACAGGUCACUCAAAGCCUCAUCCAGACUGGUCCUGAACACCUCCAGGGAGGUUGUGGGGCACAGAAUGACCAAAUGUGACCUUUGAUGAAAUGAAAUGUAAAAAUGAAAUAAAAUCGUGAUUAAAAUAA